UUGAAACUUACCCUGUUACUCUGCCCAGAGGGAGCCAUGGCUGCAGAGAACCCCGUGGAAAGUCUCCAGGAGGAAGCUACAUGUCCCGUCUGUCUGGAGUAUUUCACAGAACCUGUCACUCUGGAGUGUGGGCACAAUUUCUGCAGAGUCUGCAUCAGCCAGUGCUGGGAGGGAUCCGAUACAGCCGCCUCCUGCCCUCAGUGCAGACAAACUGUGCAACAGAGAAACCUCAGGCCCAACAGGCAGCUGGCAAAUGUCCUAGAAAUAGCCAAACGGCUGAGUUUACAGGCAGCAAAGGGAGCAGGAGGGGAUGGGGUGUGUGAGAGACACCAGGAAGCUCUGAAACUGUUCUGUGAAGAGGAUCAAACCCCCAUCUGUGUGGUGUGCGACAGAUCCCGGGCUCACCGCGCUCACACGGUGGUUCCCAUAGAGGAGGCUGCCCAGGAGUACAAGGAAAGAAUCCAGGCCCAUUUGAAGACUUUGAGGGAAGAGAGAGAAAAGCUGCUGGGAUUGAAAGUGACUGCAGAGGGGAAAAGCCAGGAGUAUCUGAAACAAACAGAAACCGAGAGGCAGAAGAUUGUGUCUCAAUUUCAGCAACUGCGGCAGUUCUUGAAGGAACAAGAGCGACUCCUGCUGGCCCAGUUGGAGAAGCUGGACGAGGAGAUUGAGAGGAUACAAAAUGAAAAUGUCAGUAAACUCUCAGAGGAGAUUUCCCAUCUCAGUGAGCUGAUCGGUGAGACGGAGGGGAAAUGUCAAAAGCCAGCGAGUGAAUUCCUGCGGGAUGUCAGAAGCACCUUGAGCAGGUGGGAGAAGGGGAAGUUCCAGCAGCCAGAGGAGAUUUCUCCUGAACUGGAAAAGCAAGUCAGUGGUUUCUCCCAGAAAACUAUUGUGCUAUUGGAGGCUCUGAGGAAGUUCAAAGGUACCUAGAAGGGAUCUAGGAGGGGAUAUUGGGAUAAGCGUCUUAGACUGUCGGAGGCGAAUGGUGCUGGACAAUUGGUUCAUAAUUAGAUUAUGCAUCUAUUUAAUUGUUGGGUGAGAAUGCCACUCACUUGGGGUCCAAGUCACUCAGAUUGAUCAGUUCAACCCCUUAUUUGUUCCAAAAGCAUGUCUUGCCAUUACAAUUAGUAUUAAAGUAAGAAAUGACAGGCAUACUGAAAGAAAUACUGUCCAGUUACCUUCUCCUGGGACAUAGGCGGCUCAUGAUACAUUUCUCCUAUGAUGCUCCAUCUACCCUUUACAAUGUCUUACAUAUUAUACACAUCCAGAUUAUAUAUUUAUUAGAUCUUUUCCAAUCACCUUUGUGUGUUAUUAAUAGAAAGUACCUUGUAUAACUCAUACACUACACAUGCAUGAACUUUUUGAUUGGCGGGACUUUUCCUGUCCAAGCUAUUUUCAUGUCACUGUUCUCUUUUCUCUGCAUACGGGUUGUGGACUUUGCUAACUGCUCCUGGGCAGUACAUUUUGGGUGUCUGUUGUCUUUAAACACAUGGUAUGAUCCAAACAUCUCUUUGUCCCACAUAGCAACUUAUGAACACAUCACUUAAUAACAGGUCACUUAAGUCAACAUUUCCCUUAUGUCAAGCAAA